AUGGGUGUUUUUUUAUUAUUCAACUUUGUACAAUCACUAGUUGACUGGUUCCAUGAAUUUUAUAAACUGUCAUCCUAUGUUCGCUUGGAUCGUUUUCCAAAUUCACAAAUUCGUUCAGCUGAACUUAUAAUAGAACAUCGUACUGAUGAACAUAUGAUAUCUUCACAUUCAUCAAAUGUACCAAUGUGCAAUCGAAUAUGUUCAAAUAAUACUCUUGAAAAACAACAGACUGCUCAAUUCACCUGUCCUACAAUAUCUGCGAUGCCUAUGGAUUUAGGACAUUCAAUAUGCGCUACACAUUCAUUUCCUAGUUUCACUGAUGUGUCGAAUUUUGAUUGGACAACUAGACAAAACAGUAUAUUAUGCAAAAUGCAUCACGACAAUUCAUCCGCUAAUGAAACACUUGAUCAUUCGAAUAAAACAGAAGUAAGUAAAACAAAAAAAUGGAGAAGUGGAAAAAGCCAAUUGUCAAUAAAUACUAAAAAGAAGAAACAUGAGGAAAAUGGAAAAAAACUUGGCGAUGAUGGUGGUGGUGAUGAUGAAGACGACGAUGAAGAUGAAUCCAGCAUAGAUAGUGAUGACGAGGAAUCGAUGGAAAAUUGUAUUAACAUCUUUCCACCUGGUAUAGAUAUCUUGCGUAUAUCAACCGACUCUGAUCUUUCUCCGUCGAAGUUAAGGCGUUCAAUCGAUCAUAAUGGUGAGAGUAAAGGUUGUUCUACAAGUUAUUCCUACCUAAUGAGUACGUCAAAGCGUCAGAAACGAAAGCCUCCAAUAGCAGUUGGGCAGUUGACGAAAUCGAAACUAGAUUCUGAACAAAUCUACUCAAACAGUCUUUCAUUAUCUCAGACCACAACAAAUACAUCAUUAAGGAAUUUGUAUGAGGAUUAUCUUCGUACUGAUUUUACCAAACAGCCAGAAAGAAUCGAUAAAUAUCAUGAAUAUGACUUGACAUCUCCUAACCCCCUAUCAUCCAUAUCAGUAGACAAGGAUUCAUUGGAAGUGUAUACGGAAAAGAAAUACAUCUUCACACUUAUCCGAGAUGAACUGUCUUCCUUGAAAAUGCCUUACAGUGAUUGUACAAAGUUGAAUAAUAAAAAAACACCCAUGGUGAAAAUGCAUUGA